UUAACACUCGCACAAGAGAUGCAACGCUGGUCUCUCAUGACCAUGCUGUACUUAGUCAUAUGCUAUGUUGGAAUACCAUAUUCUGUGUAUGUUAAUCGAGGCCAAAAAGUUGUUGUUGUACUGAUGGUCCAUCUCUCAUUAUCAGUGCUAGCAUUCUGCAUGCAGAGUGAGUGCGAUUUGACCAUUGGACUUGGCUCCACAUAAUCACUCAAUAGGUGCAAUAUCACAAUCUAUGCAACAAAUGGGACAAAUGUGGUCGUAACUGCCAUGUUGGGCGUCAUCAUGAUUGCUCGGUUGCA